CCACGAUCUACGAUUCUCCCUCAAGCACGCGGCGGCGCAGCCCGAGGCAUUCAGAAGCGAGCGCAUCUCGUCAUCUCAUCUGCUAGCGCCCUAACAAGGUACCACCACUCCUCUCUCUGUCUCUCUCUCUCUCUCUCUUGGGCCCGCAUCUUCCACCACACGCACGUCGGCCCCCAUGCGGCUCCCGUCGUUGGCCAGCGGCUUGCCUGCGCCUCGCAGCCUAGAGACGGCUCUCUGGCGCGCUCCGCGCUUGCAGGUGCUACAGCGCCAGAGUCAGCAGCAGCAGCGCAUCCGGCUGUUGAGCAAGCAAGCCUCGCCGGCACAGGAGACCGAGGCCGUGGCGAAACUGCUGCGCCUGGCCGCCCACGUGCGGCAGACACAUCCGCUCGCCGCACGCAUCCAGCCACGACUGCCUACGAGAUUGCUAAGCAGACCAUGGCUCGAAGAAGCUCAAGCCCGAGCGGCGGCGGGCGGCGGCGAGCGGCCUCACAAAGUGGCGCCGCUCAGCCCCGAGCUCGAGGCUCAACUUCUCAAGGUAUUGCUUUUUCUUUUUUCCCUCUCUCCUGCGUGCCUCUCUCUUGCCUCUCUGACUCUGACUCCCCCUUUGCUCGCGCGCGCGCGCGGCAAGCCAAAACGCAUGCAUGAUUCGUACGUCGAGCUUUCGCUUCCCUUUCGCAGCCAGCCCGACAUUCUCGAGCGCUACAUCGCCACCAGCGGCGGCAUUCGCCUCGGCAAGCUCUUUGAGGAUCUCGACUCGCUGGCGGGCGAUGCGGCCUACACGCAUGUGCUUGGCGGCAGACCGAGCGCCGCGCAACAGAACAACACUCCCAUCUUCAUC